CGCUCUAGACGUGAAAGGCAGGGUGUAUGUGUUGGAGCUACUUAUGCUACAACGUAUGAAUUUUUUAAUUUCUCUAGAAUACAAAUAAAUUUGGAAAUUGUGGUCCAUAAAGUAAGGUAUCAUCAUAUUUUCAUAAGAUCAGCCAAUAUUGCAAAAUUAUAGGAAACCAAAAGGCUAAAAGAUAAAAAACAAUCAUGAAUUAUAAUCACUCGGGAGCGCGUAGAGGAAAACCAAAAAGAAUUGUAGAUCCAUCAUUGGGUACAUCUUCUCCGUGUACUCAGAUACCACAUAAUCCAUACGUGUAUAAUCAUCAACAACAGGUCGGUGCAAAUAAUGGCGUACCAGAGUAUGGUUUUAAUGUAUCUGAAACUACUUCAGCAUAUGGUUUUAGUCCAUCAACAAUAGGAAUGUCACCAACAAUGCAAGCUUCUAUGCCCGCACCUGGCAGUGCUGUACCUCAAGAUAAUGCAUUCACGGGAUCCCAAUUUGCUACACAACUUCUCAAUGAACCUCUAGUAGCAAAUAUGGCUAUGAAGUAUGGAGAUGCACUAGUGGGUACUGGCAAGCAGCAUCUUGAAAAAUAUUUCCCCAUUACGGCGUUGAAAUACUAUUUUGCUGUUGAUACUGAUUAUGUUGUCGUCAAAUUAGCCCUACUUAUUUUCCCCUUCACUCAAAGAGAUUGGUCGGUGAAAUACGAGCAAGAUGUUCCUCUACAACCACGGUACGAGAAAAAUGCUCCUGAUAUGUAUAUUCCAACGAUGGCAUUUUUGACAUAUGUGGUGAUGGCAGGUUUAUCACUUGGAACUCAAGAAAGAUUCACGCCAGAACAGCUUGGAAUAAUUGCUAGUUCAGCAUUGGCUUGGGGUUUAAUAGAGCUGCUUGUUCACACUAUAACACUCUACAUUAUGAAUCUUGAAACAAGUCUACGGACUUUUGAUCUUUUAGCAUAUUGCGGUUACAAAUAUGUCGGUAUCAAUGCGGCUUUAUUAUUAUCACUUAUUUUUCGGCGAUUCGGAUAUUAUACUGGACUCAUAUACUACAGUAUAUCCAUCGCAUUUUUUCUCAUAAGGUCUCUUAAACUACGAGUUAUACCCGAAGGCCACACCUCAUACACUGCAACUGGUAAUAAAAGAAGACUCUACUUCAUUCUGUUUGUUGCAUCCCUUCAACCGUUUCUUAUGUGGUGGCUAUCUUAUCAUCUCAUUGAGUAAGGAAAUACUUUUCAAACUGUCAUAACAAAUAUAUGACGGAAAUAGAUUGUACGGUGAUUUAUAUAUAUAAAUAAAAAAAGCACUUGACAUCGAGCAAUAAAAAUGUUCUACCUUGUUAAA